UUGACGCUAACCUUGAUGAGCCUGCUGUCCCCGAAAUGGGGGCUCUGGCGCUCUCUUGUCGCACUCUCUCCGUUUCUAAUAAUUUCCCCACUAAUCUCUCUGCGAAACAUUCGAACUCUUCCUGAGCCUCAAGAGGCGUUAAUAGACGCGAAAAGCGGUCUUCCUCAAAUAUCAGAAGCACUUAUUCUCAGCACCGCGAAACAUCUUUCGGAGGACAUUGGCUACCGCACAGUUGGCACCCGCGAGCAUGCUGUCGCUGAUGCUUGGAUGUACGACCUCGCAAAAGAGAUGAGCGAAGACUGCAACAAGCUUGCGCGUGAGUCUGGGCGAAAACUCGAGUGCGAGGUAUGGAGGCAGCAAGGCAGCGGGACGCAUCGGUUCGACAUGAUGGGAAAGAGAUUGUACAAGACCUACCAGAACUUGACGAACAUCGUCAUACGAAUCUCGGACGGCACGCCUCAGGGCAAGGCCCAUGCUUUACUGCUCAACGCCCAUUUGGACAGCACUCUGCCAAGUCCAGGAGCGGCUGACGAUGCUAUUUCUGUUGGGGUCAUGUUGGAAUGUAUGCGCGUCCUCGUCAACACACCAGACUGGUCUCCCGCACAUGCCGUCAUUCUCCUGUUCAAUCAUGCCGAAGAAUCUUUGCAAGAUGCUUCACAUUUAUUCUCGACGCAACACGAAAUUGCUCAUACAGUCCGCGCGGUUAUCAAUCUUGAAGCUGCCGGGACAACAGGAAAGGAAUUGCUUUUCCAGGCAACAUCCGAAGAGAUGGUCCAGGCAUAUUCUCAAGUCCCCAGACCAUUUGGGACGAUAUUCGCUAAUGAUAUAUUUAAUUCUGGGGUUUUGUUGUCUGAUACAGACUUUCGUCAGUUCGAAGAAUAUUUAGAUGUCCCUGGGCUUGACAUUGCGAUUGUCGGCAACAGUUAUCUGUACCAUAUGCGCAAAGAUCUUGUAGAGAAUAUUCAGCCCGGAGUCGCCCAACACAUGGGCGAGAACACGCUCGCGUUAGUCAAGCACUUGAGUGCCAAUGGCUCUCCCAUCCCAAAUCUAAGCGGUAGUGCCCACCACAACCAGAAGAUACAUCUCGUCUUUCUCAGCGUCCUCGAGCAUUUCUUCAUGUACCGUUUCUCGACUGCCAAAGUCAUGUACGGCAUUUUAUUGGUCUCCGUCUUUCUUUGGACCCGCCCUAUUCUUGGAGACAAGAAAUGGCAGGCUGGCGCUCGUGCCGUUCCAACAGGCCUCUUGGGUGCAAUCAUUGUGCCCAAUCUUGUGGCCCUGUUUAUGUCCAAGAUACUAGGAAAGGGGAUGAGCUGGUUUGCUGCCGAAGUAUUUGGAGUCUUGGGGUUAUAUGCACCCGCUGCAUUAUUGGGGGGCUUGGCUUCUCAACUCCUUCUGCCUCGCUCGGCCGUUGACGAAAAAUCCGCACUGGCGUCCAUUCUCCUCGCGCAGUCGCUUCUGGCGUUUAUCAUCCAACUUUUCAAUGUGGGAUCCGCAGCAAUAUUCUUCAUUGUCGCUAUGCCGAUUUUUGGUGCCCUUGUUGUGAAUGACCUUGUCUUGAGCACGACUGGAGAAAUUUCACUGUGGUUCUAUGGACUGGGAUCCUUUGCUCCACUGUUGUGCGGCACGCUUUUGACAGUCCCAACUUUGGAAGUGUUUGUACCGCUUACUGGUCGUAUGGGCCCCGUUCCCGCUGACCAUAUCGUCGCUACUCUUGUGUCUAUUCUCGGCGCUAUUUCCCUUCCACUCACAAUCCCGUUCGCACAUCGAGUUGGUUAUCAGAGCCUUCGUAAAAUGGUGGGCAUCUUAGGAGCGGCAGUUCUGCUGGAUAUUGCGAUCUACGCGCAGAAGAACGUCUUUGACAGUAUGCACCAAAAGCGACUUUUCGUGAUUCAUUUAGAGAACAUUACCACCAGCGAACACCACCUUCAUAUUGGGACCGCAGAUGGAGCGCCAGGUUUCCCUCAAUUAGUGCAAGAUAUUGCUUCGCACUUUGCUGGUGUACAAGCGGAAGCAGUUGUCAUGAACGAUCACAACUCAGACUGGGAUCCCUUGUAUCCGUUUUCAGCUUUCCUUUCACCGUAUAAACUCGCUCUCCCCGCAGAUACGCAGGCAGACUACGUCUCACCCUGGUCAACAACUUUUACGUUGUCGACGGAAAACGACGUGACAGACCUGGUCGCAGGGACGCGGAGUUUCCAGUUGGUGGUAACACAUCCUGGCCUAAUAUGGACGGUUGUCGCCUUCGAUGCUCAUGUUUUGAAAUGGAACCUGGACGAUAACCCGCCGAACGAGCUUGCGCGGCAUCAUGUCAAGGAGGCAUCAUUUUAUGGCUCUGAGCGAUGGACCCUGAACCUUGUUGUCCGGCUGCAACCUGACAGCAGUGGCGAGAUCCUCUUCAACUUUAUCGGGCUCCAGGAAUCUGCGAUGUGGCCGGGCAAGAAGGCGUCGUUUUAUGAGACAGGCCCGUUCUAUGCGCCAGGCACAGGGAGCCAGGGGCCCGCGAUGCGGCUGUUCGAGAAGCUGGAUGCGUGGUUGGACGAAGAGAAGGGUGGAGCGGUUGAUGCCACUUUGCUGGGAUGUGUAGCUGGUGUUGCAACUAUUUAG